AAAUUUAUAAUUUUUCUCCAAAAAUAAAUUGGGUGUGAAAUCCCAUUCAGAUCCUCUCUCACCGGAUAACUUAUACUACCAUAAAUUAAGAAAAAUAAGUUAACAAAACUCAGCUCAAUUAUUUCACACCAUAUAAUAAUCACUUGGAAACAACCGCGCUAAGGUUGGAACUUGGAGGAACUUGUGUCUGUGUGUCCUUUUUUCCAGAGUCAUGGCUAUGGCUUUGAGUCUCUCCCAAUUCCCUGUUCGUGGGUCUGUUUCUUUGCCCAAAAGAAGACUACCCAGAAGAAGCUUUUGCAUUAGGGGCAUGUCAGAAACCUCUUCCACUUCUUCUGUGAGCACCCAACAAGAACAACCAACUUCUGAUAAUGCUUCUUCAGUGACAAUUGCUCCUCCCCCUAACUUCAAGCCCCCUGAGCCUAAACGCUUUGCAAUUAGGCCUGAUAAGACCAGUGAAGUGUUUGGAGCUUUGCUUCCUUUGAUCUUUCGUUUUGCCACUGGAGUUUUCGUUUCUGGGUAUUCUUUUUCAAUUGUUUCUAAGGAUGAAAUUCCUACAGACGAAUAUGCUUUGGAACUUAAUGGCGUUACCAUAAAAGAAACAGCAAAAUUAGGCCCUCGCCCAGAGAAGCCUAUUGAAAUAUAUGAAUUUGAGAGCUGUCCAUUUUGCCGAAAGGUUAGAGAAAUUGUUGCCAUUUUGGAUCUUGAUGUUCUUUUCUAUCCUUGUCCAAGAAAUGGCCCAAAUUUCCGUCAAAAGGUUCUAGAGAUGGGUGGCAAACUGCAGUUCCCCUACAUGGUUGACCCAAACACAGGCGCUUCAAUGUAUGAAUCAGAUGACAUAAUUCGGUAUUUGGUUGACAAAUAUGGCGAUGGAAACGUUCCUUUAUCUUUAUCACUUGGAUUUUUAACGACACUAACGGCUGGUCUUGGUAUGCUUAGUCGUAUUUCAAAGGGGACUACUUAUACUCCAGCGAAGUUCCCUCCAAAGCCUCUUAAAUUAUGGGCAUAUGAGGGGUCUCCUUUCUGCAAACUUGUACGUGAAGUACUUGUGGAAUUGGAGCUGCCACACUUGCUUGUCAGUUGUGCUAGGGGUAGCCCAAAGAGACAUAUACUUUAUCAGAAAACUGGAACUUUCCAGGCACCUUUUUUGGAAGAUCCAAACACUGGGAUAGAAAUGUUUGAAAGUGCAGAAAUCAUAGAGUAUCUAAGAGCAACAUACGCUCUUUAGUAAGUGAUGCUAUGAUAGGGAGAGGCUUGUAAGGGUUUUUAAGUCUCAUGAUAUGCACCUUCAUUUCCUUUUGUAAAUGUAAUUGCUAAUGGUUCUAAGUUCUAACGGGUAAAUCAAAUUUUCUCUAUAUAGAAAUUUCAAAUAGUGGAAUCAAGUGCCUCAAUAUUUAGCAAUGGUUUGAGGUGGUUAAAAAUGUGGGUUGCUAAGUAGGGUUCUGUUUCGUUCUUUUUAUUUGGGACCCUUUUCAAUUUCAUUCAUCAUUAUUGCGCC